GGGGAUCAUGCCGUGAAUGCGGAGAGGCAGGGGGAGAAGGAGCACUACAGCUAGGGUGACGUCGAGUGCCUGGUCAAGCAGGCAGGAGAAAUCUUGAAGGGCUGGAGUAGCAGGAGAAGGACAAGGGGAAGGGUGGGUGAAGCAUUCAAGGUAAGUUCGCCGUCGUUGAGGUUGUGGAAAGGUAAGACGCGAGGAGAAACCUAAAGUGCUGACAUCAGACUGCCCUGCAUUGUCUAAUACACUGUGUAUUCAUCCAGGCAUCAUUCGAGAUAGGUCACUUCCAGGUGCUUGCUAGUGAGGGUCAAUUUGCCUUCAAAUAGGUGCGCUGUUCUUUGUGGCUUGCUAGCCGUCGAAAAAGAAAUAAAGAAAAAAUGGUGGCCUUGGGUUUAUCUGUGGAUACUUUCCGAAGGGCGCCGGAUACCAGUAUUCUUCUCUGCUCUGUCCAGACUGACAGCAGAUGCCAAUCAAGUUCAAGGAAGAUUGGUUGCAAGUCAUUCUUGAGCAGGAUGCCUAGGACAGUAUCAUCCUCUACCACCUCGAGUGCGGUUCGCAGUCAUUUGACUUUCUGUCACAGUGACUGCGCAGUCAACUCUGCACACUCUCGUGUGAUGUCGUCCUUUCCCGGCGAUGCGAAGUCUGCGAUGUAUGCGAUGUAUGCGAUGUCUGCAAGGCCUGCGAUGUCUGUGACAUCGUCUGAGUGUCGAGAGCAGCAACUGCAUCAGCUGCGAUGCGUCAGUUGCCAGGAAGGCAGAGUUAUGGGGGCUCGAGGAGGAGGCUUCUUGACCUGUCAAAAUAGCCCUUGGGUGUCUGAGAAGUCAGUUGGGCCUCGGCUUCGCCAUGGGCUUCGGCCCCCGCGUAAGAUUAAUUGCCGGGAAUCUCUUUGCGUCCGGUGCGAGAAGAAUCCAGGCAUGGAGUUUUAUGACGACGACGAGGCAUUCACCUUUCACGGCGAUGAAACUUGGAAUGCGAACGUGGUCGUCGAAGAGGAGGGGGAUAUCCCUCCUAGUCCAUGGUUGGGCGCCGUCUUGUUCCGUCGGAGCAGCAUUCAAAGGCAUUACGAUCUGCAUACGACGCUGGAGCGCCUUCACUUGCAUAGGUUCUCUUCGGAAUUGUCACGCAACCUGGCCCACACGAUGGGGAUCAAUUUGAGUGAAAAUCAGCUGACGUCUACAGAUAACGAUGCCCCCCCGAGUGCGGAGACACCUGUGUCUGUAUCCAUGGAUGUAACGAGGAAGGGCAAGGACCUUCAUUUGGAGGGUAUGGUGAGGACGGCGAUGUCCGUUCCUUGCAAUCGCUGUCUAAGUCCGGUCGCAGAGCGUGUGUUUGCCGACUUCCGCUUGACGCUUAUGCCCAAUCCGCCACAGGAGCCCUCAGCUAUCUCCAUUGGGGUCUCACUUGAUGAUGAUGGCAACACAAAACCCCUUAGCAACAACAGUAGUAAGGAAGGGGGGGUUGAGGGCUUAACAGGAGUACUGGAUAUAGACAUCGAUGACAAAUUGCAUUUCCCUCCGGAAGCGAAGGAAAUGGACCUGUCAUCGUAUGUGCGAGACACGAUUCAUCUGGAGAUACCUCUCUUCGUUCACUGCGAUGCGAAUUGCAAAGGGCUCUGCAUGCAGUGCGGAGCAAACCUUAAUCUGGGUGCUUGUACCUGCGAAACGGUUUCUGACGAUAGACCUUGGGGCCCUCUGGAGCAGCUGAAAAAACAGCUUGAAGAAAAAUAGCGCAGCAUGCCUUAGGAUAGGAUGUAAAGUAGGUGCCAGGGCAAGCGUAAAAUUGCCCACUGUAGUCGGUCAUGCUGUUGUCCAACACUG